GCGGCUUUCCCUAGCAAUUGGGAUUAUAUUACUGUACUUGUACUUGCUGAUUAGCGACUGUUUAUAUAAUUUCCACUUCAAGAUGAUUUCACGAUUCAUGAGUUGCAAUAUUUUAUCUUCGAUACUUGUAUCGAAAUGUUGAAUUUGAAAGUAGGAAUAUUUCAAGGAAAAAAUUACGAAAAAUAAAUUUUUGCUCGUUAAAAAAAUAAAUAUUCGAAAUUUGACUAGAAAAAUACUUUUUUGUCCAUAAAAAUGAAAAUAGCAUUCAUCUGUAUAACAAAUAUUAAAUUCAAUAUAUUUCAUCAUUCUGUGCAACAAACUCCUUCAGCCACAAUUUAUUAUUGUAUCAAAAUGUGUGCGAAUUACGCAGUAAAAUGCAAUUCAUUCAAGUAUUUCAAAUGUAUGGCGCGAAUUGCCAGUGGUUUUAUCUGGCAAUGGAAAUCAGGUAACACCGAGAAAAAUGUGAACGUAUAUGAUGACACGGCAGUGCCGUCUUUCGAUCAUUUUUGGUACGACAACGUACCCAUUCACCGAGCCAACUAAGAUUUUCUCUUCCUUUUACAAAGAAACGCCAUUAGAGGCGUGUUGUGUUUUACGUUUGGUCUGGAAAUAAAUCACUAAACAUCCAAAAUGGUGAACUUCACUGUUGACGAAAUCCGUGCCAUGAUGGACAAAAAGAAGAACAUUCGUAAUAUGUCCGUCAUUGCUCACGUCGAUCACGGUAAAUCAACUUUGACCGAUUCGUUGGUGUCAAAGGCCGGUAUCAUUGCUGGUGCUAAGGCUGGUGAAACCCGUUUCACCGACACCCGUAAAGAUGAACAAGAACGUUGUAUUACCAUCAAAUCAACGGCCAUUUCUAUGUUCUUCGAGCUUGACGAAAAAGAUAUGGUUUUCAUCACCUCAGCAGAUCAAACCGAAAAGGGUGAACGUGGUUUCUUGAUCAAUUUGAUCGAUUCACCCGGUCACGUUGAUUUCUCAUCCGAAGUAACAGCUGCCCUUCGUGUCACCGACGGUGCUCUCGUCGUCGUCGACUGUGUUUCAGGUGUGUGCGUGCAAACCGAAACUGUAUUGCGUCAAGCCAUCGCUGAACGUAUCAAGCCAAUUUUGUUCAUGAACAAAAUGGACCGUGCUUUGCUUGAAUUGCAAUUGGGAUCGGAAGAAUUGUACCAAACUUUCCAACGUAUCGUCGAAAACGUAAACGUCAUCAUCGCCACCUACAAUGACGAUUCAGGACCAAUGGGUGAAGUGCGUGUCGAUCCAUCAAAGGGUUCAGUCGGUUUCGGUUCCGGUCUUCACGGUUGGGCCUUCACCUUGAAACAAUUCUCCGAAUUGUAUGCCGACAAAUUCAAGAUUGAAGUUGUUAAGUUGAUGAACCGUUUGUGGGGUGAAAACUUCUUCAAUCCAAAAACCAAGAAGUGGUCGAAGACCAAGGAUAACGACAACAAACGUUCAUUUUGUAUGUACGUGUUGGACCCAAUCUACAAAGUGUUCGAUGCUAUCAUGAACUACAAGAAGGAAGAAAUCGACAGCUUGUUGCCCAAAAUCGGUGUUACAUUGAAGCACGAAGACAAAGACAAGGACGGCAAACAAUUGUUGAAGAUUGUCAUGAGAACCUGGUUGCCAGCUGGUGAAUCAUUGCUUCAGAUGAUUGCCAUCCAUUUGCCAUCACCAGUCGUUGCCCAAAAAUACAGAAUGGAAAUGUUGUACGAAGGUCCAUUGGACGAUGAAGCUGCCGUUGCUGUCAAGAACUGCGAUGCUAACGGUCCAUUGAUGAUGUACAUCUCAAAAAUGGUACCGACCAGCGACAAAGGUCGUUUCUACGCUUUCGGUCGUGUCUUUUCGGGUAAAGUUGCCACUGGCCAAAAAUGCCGUAUCAUGGGCCCGAACUUCACCCCAGGCAAGAAAGAAGAUUUGUACGAAAAGGCCAUCCAACGUACCAUUUUGAUGAUGGGCCGUUACGUUGAAGCCAUCGAAGAUGUUCCAUCUGGUAACAUUUGCGGUUUGGUCGGUGUCGAUCAAUUCCUGGUAAAGACCGGUACAAUUACCACCUUCAAGGAUGCUCACAACAUGAAGGUCAUGAAAUUCUCAGUGUCACCUGUCGUGCGUGUUGCUGUUGAACCCAAAAAUCCAGCUGAUUUGCCAAAAUUGGUUGAAGGUUUGAAACGUUUGGCCAAAUCCGAUCCUAUGGUACAAUGUAUCAUCGAAGAAUCCGGUGAACACAUCAUCGCUGGUGCCGGUGAAUUGCAUUUGGAAAUUUGCUUGAAGGAUUUGGAAGAAGAUCACGCUUGUAUCCCAUUGAAGAAAUCCGACCCAGUCGUCUCAUACCGUGAAACCGUAGCCGAAGAAUCCGAUCAAACUUGCUUGUCAAAAUCACCAAACAAGCACAACCGUUUGUUCAUGAAGGCCGUGCCAAUGCCAGAUGGUUUGCCGGAAGAUAUCGACAAGGGUGAAGUUAACCCACGUGACGAUUUCAAGGUUCGUGCACGUUUCUUGUCCGAGAAAUACGAAUACGAUGUCACUGAAGCCCGUAAAAUCUGGUGCUUCGGUCCAGACGGUACUGGUCCAAACAUCUUGGUCGACUGCACAAAGGGAGUCCAAUACUUGAACGAAAUCAAGGAUUCAGUCGUUGCUGGUUUCCAAUGGGCAUCGAAAGAAGGUGUCUUGGCUGAUGAAAACAUGCGUGGUGUUCGUUUCAACAUCUAUGAUGUCACCCUUCACGCUGAUGCUAUCCAUCGUGGUGGUGGUCAAAUCAUUCCAACUGCUCGUCGUUGCUUGUAUGCUUGCGCUAUUACAGCCAAGCCACGUUUGAUGGAACCAGUAUACUUGUGCGAAAUCCAAUGUCCAGAAGUUGCUGUCGGUGGUAUCUAUGGUGUGUUGAACAGACGUCGUGGUCACGUAUUCGAAGAAAGUCAAGUUGCUGGUACACCUAUGUUCGUAGUUAGAGCGUAUUUGCCAGUCAACGAAUCAUUCGGUUUCACAGCCGAUUUGAGAUCAAACACCGGUGGUCAAGCUUUCCCACAAUGUGUAUUCGAUCACUGGCAAGUAUUCCCAGGUGAUCCAAUGGAAGCAGGAUCGAAAUUGUACAACAUCGUCCAAGAUAUCCGUAAACGUAAGGGUCUUAAGGACGGCCUUCCAGAUUUGUCUCAAUACUUAGAUAAAUUAUAAACGAACAAUGCAGUUAACCAGCCAACAACAAUGAUAACUCCAGUUCGCAUAUAAGGCUAAAAACAUUUCUAUUAAUUUUCAACAAAAAAAAUUAAAAUACAACAACAAAAAUUACAAUUAACAUCCGAAACGAACAGCAGGACGACGAAAGAAAUAAUGUGGAAACUUCAGUGAAUUUAACAAUCCAAGCAGCCAAUGAAGAGAAACCGAAAAAAUAAUAAUACGAACCGUUUAUUAAAUGCAUUUUUGUUGUUUUACGUUUUACAAUCUAUUUGAAAUGAAACAAGCGCAUGUGUGAAUGCAAAAAGUUACAUAUUAUAUUUUUUCAGUUCGUUUUGAAAAGCAAACCAUUUUUAUUGAUUAAAAAAGAAAUAAAGAAUUUCACCUUGUUUUGUAAACAAUGUACUCAUUUUUGAUGAUGAUAUAAAAUGCAAAGGAUGUUAUUGGAAACAAUGCGGUAA